AUGGAUGAUCCUGAAUCGGCAAUUGAAUCAGCGCCCUCACAUUCAGAGUUACAGCCGAAUGAUCUGCAGGAUCAGGACAGGGACAGUGAUCAGCAGCAAAAAGCACCAUCAUUAAACCUCAUUGCUGAAAAUCAAAUCAUUCAGCCUGAUAAUGACAUAAACAAGCAAAACUCUUCCACCACCAGACAAAAUUACUACACAUCUGCACAAUGGACUGCCGAUGGAACAUCGCUCAUUGUAUCAUCUGCCUUAAACUCAAUAUCCACCUUUGUCCUCCCUGAAGAUCUCCUCGACCCAUCAGCUUCGCGCCCGCGACAUCUCGAGUGCCAAUCCUCAAUAUCACUCCCUGAGCCCUCUCAAACGACCAUCCCGGCGCCCUUCUACUCUUUAGCUGAGCCAACCUCGCAAACAGUCCUCGUAGGAUGUCGCGAUCACCCUGUUCAGCUCUAUCAUCUCUUCCCUCCAGAUGAUGAUGGCCUCGCGUCGCGUUCUGGCCCACUUGCUUCGUAUAAAUUAAUUCGUUUCGAAACAGAAGAGUAUAUCACGCCCUCGUCUAUCCUCUGGGAUGCACCUGGGACGCAUUUCCUCGUCGGCUCAACGAACCGGCUUGAUUACUUUGACAUGACUCGACCAGGAUCAGAUGGUCCGAUACUUACUAUACCCACCAUCCCUUCUAGACGUCAUAUACGGAAGGGAAAUGGAGUUGGUAUGAAGGGCACUGUCGCUGCUCUCGCUUCCUCGCCUGUGGAUGGUAACGGGAGCUCUAUCAUUGCUGCAGGGACAUGGACACGGUGGAUGGGAUUGUAUGAUGUGCACCGCUCAGACAAGGUUAUUGCAAAUUGGUCUCUUCCUCCCUCUGAGGACAUACCGGGAGGAAUAGGAGGCCAGGGAAUUGUUCAGGUCCGUUGGAGUCCAUGCGGCCGAUACAUGAUCCUCAACGAGCGCCAUGCCUCUGGUUUGAUUGUGUAUGACGUCCGCGGAACAGGCGAACUCCUCUGCACCCUUCGAGGUCGGAGCGCACGUACACAGCAGAAGAUGAUGGUGGAUGUCUUUGCUGGCGAUCCCUAUGCUGAGUUCCCAUCCUUCGAGGUCUGGGCAGGGACACAAGAUGGUGUUGUUGCGGUGUGGGAAGGUGUUGGCUCUCAAACUGGUGUUGUAGAUCCAUCAUGGACAUGGAAGCCCCAUGAUGCGCCGGUAGGAAGCACUGCUUUGCAUUCGAGCGGUUCUGUAGUUGCAACGUGCUCAGGAGGAUGGGGGUUUAGAAAUUCGUCAGAAACCAAGACAGUGUUCGACGAGUCUAGUGUCAAGAUCUGGACUAUAGGAGGUUGA